GAAUUCGAAAGCAGGUCUGAGUUCCAGGAAUGUGCUUCGCUCAGCUUGCUCAUUUAGACUCUGCAAAAGAAUUGUGAAGGCUUCACCUUUGUCUUAUAUCUGAAGGAAAUAUAUCAUGUUUGACUUGAAAAGUGUUAAGGUGUUUAUGCGAAAUUUACGGAGAAGAAUCGCUUCAUCCAAAGAACUCUGGCUCGCUUUUGGGGUGACUAUAGUUUUCUUGGCUUGUUUUCUUAUUUAUAGUUUGGCAUUUUAUAACCCGGGACAAAAAUCAUCAGAACUUAAAGGUAGGUACGGAAAGCAUUAAGGGGUAAUAUUAGAAAAUUUAAAAUUUUAUCUUCCGCCUGGGCUCCGUCGUCUGGCUCCGUUUCGGAAUGACCAAUGCACUUCCCUAUUAACUUUAUUAUCAGGGAGCUUUUGCAACGACGCCGGCAACGACAACCAGAACGUCAGAAAAGCAAGAGCUCUUAUAUUAACAAAAACAACAGCAUAACAUAAAGCACACUGGUACAUUUCUCUGCCAUGAUUGCACGACUAUGACGUAAAAUCACCAUAUAGGAUCCUUAAUGAACCCACUUUUAAUAAACACUAUGAAACACCCAACUACGAAUCCAUCUUUAUUCUUCGUGGGCUCGGUCCUCAAGAAAUCAACCCCAGGGAAAUUCACCCCCAUUUGGUACUUAAAACCAGCUGGAAUUCUUUUUCAUGGUAAAGUUUUUGCUGCAAUCGCCGUCUUCGUUAAGCCAAAGCUCCCUGAUAUUCGAAGAGCCACAAGUCAUAAAAGCGGCGGCCAUGCUGGUGAACAAGAACAAAAGCAGUCCUUCCUAAACUCUUCCUUCAUGCAAAUUAUCCCAAAAAAUAUUGUUCCACCAACAUGGCCUCUUUGUCGCGUAGUUGAAGGUAGCAAUAAGCCUCGCUUACAGGUUUUUUGGUUACAAAGUUACACUGUAUUUCAUUUAUGCUGCAAAAGAGAAACAAAAUUAUCAAACAUCACGAAGGAUAUUGAUUUUUUAAAUAAGAUGGUGCAUUUAGCAAUCAACAGAAUUGCCGUUUUGAAUGAAACUGUAACCUACUUAUUGAUUCAGACCAUUUAAAUUGUCUAUCCUGUCUAAUCCUUACAGAUUUUAUACCAGCCCAGUUAUAAUGCAAUAACCACGAAACCUUUUCAAAUUAUAGGGACACCGUGUAAAUGUACUCCGAUGUUUUGCUAUAAAACUGCAAAAACUGUUAUAGGCUUAACCUUGCUUAUUUUUUUUAUUCACUGGCUCUCCAUAGUUGAAGAGGACAAUCGAAUAUUGGCCACUGGAUUUGAUUGCAGACAGAGGCCACUAUGUGAUGCCAAUGCUGUUUGUACAACAGACCCAUUGAACAAGGAUCGUCAUGUCUGUGUCUGUAACAAUGGCUUUCAAGGGAACGGUUCUUCGUGCCAUGGUCAGAGAAAGAUAAGGGUAUUUUUAAACUUCAGAUUCUGUUGGGCCAAAUUGAGGCUAGGGAUCGAAUUCAGUUCGACCUGAAGCACGGCAGUAGCACGACGACUCGCCCCAUGUAAGGAAAUCCCGAUUCCAGAAUCCAGGAAGUUUUUGCUUGUUGAAUCCGGAAUCUUAGCCAAUGGGCUUUCGAAUCCGGAAUCCUACGCAAAACUGAAAUCCGGAAUCCACGUUCCACUGACAAAGUCCGAAAUCCUGUUCCUAAAAUCCGGAAUCUACGGCGUGGAAUCCAGAAUCCAAGACUGUCUUGGAUUCUCUUACAUGGGGCAAGGACCCAGUUCAGGGGAUUAAGUUAAGGUCGACCUGAAGCACGGCAGUAGCACCACACUGAAAACCUUUUUGCUACCACUUGGCAGUAGCCGGGACGACUAACGCCUUGUUCAACACAUCGGAACUGUCUUUGAGAUGCUUAUUUAGCAUCUUCUCUCUGACACGUUGAAAUUUCUGUAAUGAGAAUUUUUAACAACUAUAUUUAUGGGAUAUCGCGAUGUUUUAUAUGUUGUGUUUAUGAAAGUUGCCUAGAAAAAGGUUAAGAAGAUUUUGGAACAUUUUUCUUCAAAAUCUUGUUGGCCUCAGACUCAGGAAAUGGACUGUCUGUUUAUUGAAAUUGUAAUGGACUGUCAGAAGCUUAAAUCUUACCGUAUUUAUUCGAAUAAGCGCCCAACCUCGAAUUAGCGCCCACCUCGAAUAAGCGCCCAUCCUAAAGGCAGAAAAAGUUAAUAAGCGCCCAGCCUCGAAUAAGCGCCCACCCCCUCCUCCUCCCAAUCAAAAUCAAAUAAGCGCUCACCCCCGCCACAGCCACUUGAGUAAAUAAAUUCCAAUAGGAGACUUCCCCGAGGACGGAGUUUUCUUCAGAGUAUUUUACAGAAACCUUGCUUUGUUACUUCUUCGCGUUUUGUUAUUAGCAUUUAUUGUUUUGUUGCAAAAUAAACAUACUUCAGUUGCUGAAAAUGGUGAAAAUUUAAUAAGCGCCUAGCCUCGAAUAAGCGCCCACCUCGAAUAAGCGCCCACUCUCAAGGUUCAAAAAUUUAAUAAGUGCCCAGGGCGGUUAAUCGAAUAAAAUCGGUAACUUCAAAGGUAAACUCGGGUGGAAGUGUUGAAGCUCUAACUGGAGGAAAUGCAACAUAAUUUAGCAGUUCAGUCAGUGCAGAUGAUUGAAACACUGUGCUCACGUAAAUACGGGCAUGCGCGUUACGAAUAGACUAUAGGUAAGCGAAAGGCAUUUUGUCUGAAACGGACAGUUUUUCUAGACUAAUUACAAUUUCCAACUUGAAUUUCUUGCAGACGUAAAUGAGUGCUUAUCCAAAAAACUGCAUUCCUGUCUCUCAACCGCAACAUGUGUGAACGCCAUUGGCAGCUACAAGUGUACU